GGGAUCCAGCAUACCCACUACUUCCUUAUGUAAUGAAGGAAUUUCCAGCAGGAGGAUGCACUGUUAAGGAACAAUUUUAUGGUUAUUGCCUCAGCUCUGCGAGAAUGGUGAUAGAAUGCUCAUUUGGAAGGCUAAAGGGCAGAUUUGGUGCCCUUCGACGAGAAAUGGACAUCAAUAUUAAUGAACUGCCUCAGGUACUACAUGCGUGCUUCAUCCCACAUAAUUUUUGUGAGAUCAACAAAGAUCCAUUGCCACAGGAAUAUAUUGAUUGUGAAAUGAGAUAUGAAAGAGAAUUUCAACCAGUGGCAGCUACACCAGGCAGACAGCAGAGCAAGGAAAUUCAAA